AUGACUGUUUUCUUAGAGAUAGACGUGAACACUGGAGAGGGUGUUCCCGUUUGUUUGGCUAACCAUGAUUCAUAUCAUGCAUGCAUUCAUUUUGUCAGGAUGGUGGAGUGGCCAUGCCUGUCUUCUGAGGACGAUGGAGUGGUCGUACCUUCAGAUGUUGAUACUGGAGUGGGUAUCAACUAUGUUGAUACUGGAGUGGGUCAGUGGUUCUCCAUCCUCGAUCUGUUAACGCUGAGGAAGGCCAGCGACUCCAAUUUCUCCUCCACGCCUUCCAAACGCAUCCUUGCGAGAAGGCCUCGCCUCUUCAUCCUCCUCCCCUGCACAUUGGCCCCUCACGGUGGUGGAAGAUGGGUCGAAUUUACCGAUAAAAUAGUUGCUAAGAGGGUUGCCAAUAUGUUAAAUGGUGAACAGAUAGAAGCUCUCGUGUAAGGGUCACCCUUCGGAGUGAUAGGUUCGUUCAUCUUUUCAAUUGUUGUGAUAGGGUUUCUGUAGUUCCUUUCACAUUGAAGACACAAUCUCAAGAUUUCUAUAAUUAGGUGUGACGCG